AUGGAUUCUAGGCAGGAGGUUAGCCGUUUGCUACUUGGGUUGAACUGUGGACGGCCUCUUGAGCGCAUACAUCUACCAGAGGUUGCGACCUCGCUCUCUGCAAAGCAUGAUUUUGACAUGCAGGCCUUUUCCUUCAAUGCUGAGGAGGAGUCAUUGCGGCAACCACGAGUUGUUCGUGUUGGUCUUAUUCAGAACUCAAUUGCUCUUCCAACUUCUGCACUCUUUUUGGACCAGAAGAGGGCCAUCAUGGAGAAAGUGAGACCCAUGAUUGAAGCAGCUGGUGCAGCUAGAGUCAAUAUCCUGUGCUUGCAGGAGGCGUGGAUGAUGCCAUUUGCCUUUUGUACCCGAGAGAAAAGAUGGUGUGAAUUUGCUGAACCUGUUGAUGGAGAGACGAUUCAAUUUCUUCAGGAGCUUGCUCAAAAGUAUAACAUGGUUAUUGUGAGUCCAAUUCUAGAAAGGGACUUGAACCAUGGAGAAACUAUAUGGAACACUGCUGUAAUUAUAGGGAAUCAUGGAAAUAUAAUUGGCAUCCAUCGAAAGAAUCAUAUUCCAAGAGUUGGGGAUUUUAAUGAAAGCACAUACUAUAUGGAAGGGAACACUGGGCAUCCAGUCUUUGAAACCACUUUCGGAAAGAUUGGAGUAAAUAUUUGUUAUGGAAGACAUCAUCCUUUAAACUGGUUAGCAUUUGGACUCAAUGGAGCUGAGAUUGUUUUCAAUCCCUCUGCAACAGUAGGAGAACUGAGUGAACCAAUGUGGCCAAUUGAGGCUCGUAAUGCUGCCAUAUCAAACAGUUAUUUUGUGGGAUCAAUCAAUCGAGUUGGUACAGAGGUCUUCCCAAAUCCUUUUACUUCUGGUGAUGGGAAGCCCCAGCAUCCAGAUUUUGGUCACUUUUAUGGAUCAAGCCAUAUCUCGGCCCCGGAUGCAUCUUGCACCCCAUCUUUAUCUCGCUACAGAGACGGCUUGCUUGUUUCUGACAUGGAUCUUAACCUCUGUAGGCAGUUAAAGGACAAAUGGGGUUUCAGAAUGACUGCUCGCUAUGAUAUGUAUUCUAAGUUAUUAUCUCAAUAUUUGAAACCAGGGUUUAGUCCUCAAGUGAUUGUCGACCCAGCAUUGGGUAAACGAGUGUAGACUCAGCGGAUGAGAAGGGCUAGAAUCUCAAAAAGAAAGUAAUGUAAUUCUUGCAAUUCAGAUCGUACAUUAUCGUGAAUAUGAAAGGCCCUGUUCCCUUCAUGUGUUAACCAACAGAUAAGUAACUGUAAUUUCAUGGCAAUAAUGUGCACUUGGUCAAGUGGGUGGCUGCGUAAAAAGUUUCAGGAUGUUUGUGUUCUUGCAAGCUCUGUGGAAAUAAAGGUGUGUAUCUGGACUCGGGAAAUUUUAUAAAAUUUCUUUGUUUAUCGAUUUGUAUUGUUGCUUUUGCUAGAAACUUUUAUUACCUUGUUUUUGUGGGCCCUUCUGGUUGAUAAUGGUGACUGAGAAUCUGUUUCAUGAUA